AGUCACUGUCAGACCCACGCUUGUCAACACGCCAUAUUCUUUAUAUAUUGUUUACAAUCGAUUAUCAUGUAGUUUAAUGUAUUAAUUUUAUUUUUUGCAAUUAUAUAUAUAAUUGGUGAAGAUGGAAACUCAUCAUAACUUAGUUGAGAUCGAAUAUAAACCGGAGUUGGACUCGCCUAAGACGAUAUGCCGCUGUUGUCUCUCGAGCGACCGACGGGUUGUGAAAAUUGAGAAUUACCGUGAACUUUUCGUUGAACUGGCUGAUAUAAUAGUGUCAGAUUCCGAUGGCCUCCCUCAGUGGCUCUGCUGGGAGUGCAGUUGUCUUCUGCUGAAAAGUGUACGAUUCAAGCAGAAAGUGCUUAAAGCCCAUCUCACACUUUACAACUAUCAUAGUAGAUGUGCUCCGUUCCCCAUAGACGGCCAGGAUCCGGAAUUGACUAAGUACGCCAACCCGCAACUGAGCAGCUCGGCCACCCUGGUCAUAGACAAUGUCAAGACAAAAACGGGAUAUCAUAAAGUUUUGGAACAUGAGAAAAUCCACUUCAUGCCGCCCUCGGACGAUACUCACUUCCUGGAUGAAGAGAUUCCUCUCAAACUGGAGACGGAAGAUGAUGUGCCACUACAGGAGAUACGAGAAAAUAAAUUGAAAGACCUGGCACUAGACGGCUUCAUGACAGAAUCUAAUCAAGAGAAGAAAGAAAAGACUAAGAAAACGAAAAAGAAAGUUAAGACAAGAGUCACAGAUAACAUAAAGACAGAGAAUGAGCUGGAGAGCGACACACAGGAGGCUAAAACACCAAAGAAAAGAAACCUUCGCAGAACUAUAGACAUAGAUGAGAACAAGAUACGAGUCAUCACACUGGACCCGGCUGAACAGCUGAGGCAGAGACAGGCGGAGAACGAGGCCACACUGAAGUUCCCGUUCCAAUGCCACCUCUGCUUCAAAGGUUUCAACUAUGAAGAGAAGCUCAAGAACCACAUGUUCAAACACAGCCCGGCUCGUGGCAGUUACAAGUGCGAAGUGUGCAGUAUGUAUCUACCCACACCGUACUCGGCAUCUGUCCACGGUCUCACUCACACACUGAGGUAUGAGUGUGUGCAGUGCGGGAGACGGAUGACGGACAGGCUGGCUAUAGUUAAUCAUUACAGAUCUCAACACGAGGGGGUGCUCUCGGUCUACACUUGUCACAUAUGCGGGAAAGUAUCGAAUAAUGAUAAGACUCACCGCGGUCACAUGAGGAACCAUCACUCGGGCUCCAGAGCCGUCUGCAGGGAGUGCGGCAAGAGCUUCGUCAACAACGACUCCCUCGCCGAGCACAUGCUCAUUCACCAGGGCAUCAAGAACUACGAGUGUCCGGAGUGCGGCAAGAAGUUCCGCACGAGGAACCAGAUCAGGCACCACCUGGUCAAACACAGCGACCACAAGGAGUUCUACUGUGUGGAGUGUGACGUCAGGUUCAAGUCAGCUCACACCCUCCGCCAACACUUGAAAAGGACGACGAAACACAAAGACAAGAAGAGCCUCAAGUUCGCGUGCUCUCUGUGCCCGAAACGCUUCGACACGUCGACACUGCUGGCGACACACACGCGCGUGCAACACGAGGGCUCGCGGCCACACCGCUGCGAGGAGUGCGGCGCUUCGCUGGCGACGCGCGCCUCUCUACACAAGCACGCGCGCUCCGUGCACCGGGGACUUCGCCCCCCGCCGUCGCACAUCUGUCACGCGUGCGGCAAACUGUUCCGGGCGAGGUCGACCCUAGUGAACCACGUGCGGACCCACACGGGGGAGAAGCCCUACCCGUGCGAGGACUGCGGCCGGCGGUUCGCGCAGCGCACGGCGAUGAGGACGCACGUGAAGCUCGUGCACCUCAAGCAGAGAGGGCGGGAGGACUAGAAAUAAACGAACAGCCGACAUA